AUUGCAGUGGCCAUAAGAUCUGAAGAUUCUCGCCUCUGCCUCUUUAACCUGAUUCUGAAGCUAAAGGGAUUAGGGCAAGGAUGGUGGAGGCUUUCUGUGCUACCUGGAAGCUGACGGACAGUCAGAACUUUGAUGAGUACAUGAAGGCUCUAGGUGUGGGCUUUGCCACUAGGCAGGUGGGAAAUGUGACUAAACCAACGGUGAUCAUCAGUCAGGAGGGGGACAAGGUAGUGAUCAGGACUCAGAGCACAUUCAAGAACACAGAGAUUAGUUUCCAUUUGGGAGAAGAAUUUGAUGAAACCACAGCAGAUGACAGAAACUGUAAGUCUGUUGUUAGCCUGGAUGGAGACAAACUUGUUCAUGUACAGAAGUGGGAUGGCAAAGAAACAAAUUUUGUAAGAGAGAUUAAAGAUGGCAAGAUGGUCAUGACUCUUACUUUUGGUGAUGUGGUUGCUGUUCGCCACUAUGAGAAGGCCUAGGAAGCUUCCUGAUCUGGGGACGGAGAAGCUCUACAAUCUUUCUGUUUACUCAAGCCUCAGUGCUACACGGCUAUUACAGCAUAGCUGAUCACUAAUUAGAAGGUUAUCCUUGGUGUGGAGGUGGAAAAUGUGAUUUAAAACCUUGUUUUAAAAACUGGUUACUACGUGCAAUCAAAACCAAUUUUGAUCUGCAGAUUUAACACAUUUUAUAAUUCACAUUAAACUUUUCAGUUUUUUUUUUUUAAAUAUAGAAGUGGAUACAUUCUAUACUUUCCACUGGAAUGCAAACCACGUUGGAAUAAAAAUCUUAGACCCAU